CUCACACUCUGAACUGACCUGCCUCUCUAUCUGGAUAGAAACACUGGGAACCAUCUCAACCCUUUUUACGCACAGCCUCUCUUCUACAAUUGUUUGGGGGAAACUCCUCCGCUUUUUCGGACCUUCCCUCUUUCUUUUUAAUUGUGAAAGUAAGUUUUCAUCAGCAUGGAGCCCUACACGGUCCCCGGGGCGCAGCUUUCCCUGGCCGACCUUUACUCCGUCAUCCCCUACAAUGUCACCUUCCCGGACGAGGGUUUCCUGCCCAACAACGACACCGAUGCUCCGGUUCCCGGGGCUCGCAGCGCCGCGGGGCUGAUCAUCGCCAUCUCCAUCACGGCUCUGUACUCCGUGAUCUGCGUGGUGGGGCUGCUGGGAAACGUGCUGGUGAUGUACGGGGUAGUCAGAUACACCAAGAUGAAGACACCCACAAACAUCUAUAUCUUCAACCUGGCCCUCGCAGACGCCUUGGCGACGAGCACGCUGCCGUUCCAGAGCGCCAACUACCUCAUGAACAACUGGCCUUUUGGGGAAGUCUUGUGCAAGCUCAUCAUCGCCAUCGACUACUACAACAUGUUCACGAGCAUCUUCACCCUCACCAUGAUGAGCGUGGACCGAUACGUCGCCGUGUGUCACCCCAUCCGGGCGCUCGGGUUUCGAACGCCGGUCAAAGCGAAGAUGAUAAACGUGCUAAUCUGGGGUUUGUCCUCGGCGAUUGGGGUGCCCAUUAUGGUCAUGGCUGUGACUAAAGUGAACGAUAAUGGUAAAACCGUGUGCACGUUGAAGUUUCCUGACCCCACCUGGUACUGGGACACGGUGACAAAGAUCUGCGUCUUCAUCUUCGCCUUCGUGGUUCCCGUGCUGGUCAUCACCAUCUGUUACGGCCUCAUGAUCCUGCGUCUGAAGAGCGUCCGGCUGCUCUCCGGCUCCAAGGAAAAGGACCGGAACAUGCGGCGAAUCACCCGAAUGGUCCUGGUGGUGGUUGCCGCCUUCAUCAUCUGCUGGACGCCCAUCCACAUCUUCAUCAUCGUGAAGACUAUGGUGAAGAUCGACAACAGGAACCCCUUCGUGAUUGCCACCUGGCACCUUUGCAUCGCCUUGGGAUACACCAACAGCAGCCUCAACCCGGUCCUCUAUGCCUUUCUGGAUGAGAAUUUCAAGCGGUGUUUCAGGGAUUUCUGCCUCCCCUGUCGAACCCACGUGGAGCAGCACAGUCAGACCCGAGGACGCAACACUGCCAUGGAGCCGGUGUCCGUGUGCGCUCCGUCGACCACUGGGAAGAAGCCGGCAUGACUAGGCAUGGAGUGGGUCCCUCACAGCUCUCGCUCCAGGAGGAUCCAGCAAGAUCUGCAAUCAGAAGUCACCCAGAUCUCCACAACAGAGUUUUGAAAAAAUCUUAAAGAGGAAGAAGUCUCAAAGAACUGAGUCGUGACGCUUAUUCUCCCCAAUUUGGAAAUUCAGCUAAAGAGAAAGAAAAAACGAGUCGCUCUGAUGUUACUGUUCCAUUAAAGUUCUAAGAAAAUAUCCAAAUGUAAAAAGGGAAGAUUUUGAAACAAAACAUCCCCAGCUCACGAUUUGUCUUCCCAAUGGACCGGAGAAAUGACUUUUGAUGAUGGAAAUAUGAUAGCUGGUUUCUAUCUCAGCGAGCAGAGAAUGCAUUUGUUAAAUUGCAUUGUUAUAAACCAGACGGACUGUCAGGGUAAAUAGAGCGCGACAAAAUAAAUGUGUGUGAAAACUGGGCUGUUCAGUUCAAACUUCAUAAUUUCUCCCGAAGGAACACUUACCUUCACCAAACAAAAAACAGGUUGGAGUUUUGACGUUUUUCCAUUUAUUUCUUCGACAUAAACCCGAAGCAAAUGAGCCUUACAGCGUAACACGACUCCACUGACACCCACCGACAGCUGGAUGAUGAAUUGCAGCACAGUUCGUGCACAACAAUGCCGACCAAUCUGUACCUGGUAGAAGAAGGGGAGUCUUAUUUGGUUUCUUUCUUUUUAGUUAUUUAUGUUUUACAGCAAGAUUUGUGUGUUUCCCGUUAGACUAUGCCACCAUCAGCUGUGUUUAAAGAUACAUGCGGGGCACAAUGUUCCAUGGACUUGAAAUGGAUCUAUGUCAAUUGUAAUGUUACACCACAAUGCUUUUGACAAGAAAAUAUCAAAGAAAAAGGAAAGACAACGAUCCAAUGCUUGGAAAUGUCUUUCUGCUCUGCUUACAGAUGGAAGACAGACAUGGAAAGAGACUAUAAAUAUUCACAACUCUGUGCCGUGAUACAUUCCUGAAUAUUUUCUUACAACGCCAGUGAUCGUUAAAGUGUACUGUAUAUACUCACUUUGCUUUAACCAAUUGCUACAGGAUAUCUCUCCCCUGUCGUUAUUUUUGCUAAGGGCGCAAUGACAGAACUGUAUAUAGUUAGUUUUCCAACAACGUAUGGUAAAAUGACAGGAUAUUGUGGGUUCCUUGGGUUCAAAUGCGAAAAAUCCACAACGGCCAAAACCAGUGAAGCUUGGAUUUCUUCUGUGUUUUCUGCUCACUCCUACUUGACUUUCAUGAGCGUUGUCAAGCCUGCCGACAGCGUCUCAGUGGAUCAGUAAAAGAAUAGAGAUGCUGCCUCUGAAAAACCUUGUUUGCAGUAUUUCCUUCACCUCAAUUCACUGUUUGAAAUGUGAAGUCGAUGGACACCUCCAAACACAUACUCUUCAUCACAGUGUACACGAAGAGGCCUAAUCUCACAGCUUCAAGGAGAUUAUUGAUCGCGUUUUAAAUUAGCAUAAGACUAUGUGUCACAUGGAAUAUAUGUGGCGCGUUAAGGACUUGUUGAAGGGGGAUUUGUUCUCUGUGAUUUAUGUACUCCGAUAGAUCCUGCCACCAAUCAAACUCCAGGCAUCGAUCAAUGGAUGCCGUUGAUGAUGAUUUCAGCUUUGCAUAUACCAGAUGAUGUGUGUCAGAUGUAAUAAUGAAGAGAUCAUUCAAAUGUACUCUCAUGUGGAUAUAUUUUGAAAGCUGAAUCUGUAUUGACGAGCAAACAUGUCAAAAAACAUGACAGAAUUAUGAUUAAUGUGGAAAACACCAAAUUGAACAUGAAUAGAAGUUCAGUCAGACAACUCACGUGUUUCCUAAUGUGUUCAUUAUAAGCAGCAUAUAG